GGAAUGGAAUCCCGUGCCAUAAGUGUGAACCAUCAUCUCAUGCAACGCACAGCAACACUGGCCCGGGAAGUAUUAGAGCGGGCGAAAAAACGGAAAGUGGUCUGGCCAGGGCCUGCGGGAUUCCAAAGGAAGAGUUUUCAGGAUAAUGAAGAUCUGUGUCUCAAUGCUGCUUUUGCUUCAGUUGCAGAACACAUGGGCCGUAUAUCAGAAGAAUGUAAGAAGUACUAUUGUUGUGUGCCACCAUUUCAGUUCAAAGAAUAUGAAGUUGCACAUGUUUUCAGAUACCACGGUCGAGAAGCAUCUGAAAGCUUGCUAAAUGCAUUUGAAGAUGAAGAAAAUAAAGCAUGCCCAAUUGUGGAAGAGUCUGGGUGUUCUGAUACAGAAGCAUUGAUUCCAGCAAAGACCUCGGAACUAAAGGAUAUCUCCAUUGAAGUUUCCCCUGGCACCUACACUGUCUCAGUAUCUUCAGGUGACGACCAAAUCAAACAAACACAUAUGGUAGAGAUUCAACCAGGACGAAGUGUAAAUUUGUCCUUUAUUGUAUGA